AUGGCUGAGAGUGCUUUAAAGCAUUGUUCUUUACUGGUUAUUUGCCUUGUGCUUUGUUUUCUCUUAACUGAAUCUGCUCCGGAAGGUGCUCUCGUGACACAACUUCCUGGAUUCAAUGGCACAAUACCUUCUAAACAUUAUGCUGGGUAUGUGACUAUUGAUGAGAAUCAUGGGAAGAAAUUGUUUUACUACUUCGUUGAGUCGGAAAGGAACCCUUCUACUGACCCGUUAGUACUGUGGCUCAAUGGUGGUCCUGGUUGCUCAAGCUUUGACGGUUUCGUCUAUGAACAUGGUCCCUUCAACUUUGAGGCAGGAAAGACACCUACUAGUUUGCCGAGGUUACAUAUCAAUCCCUAUAGCUGGACCAAGGUCUCCAACGUCCUGUAUUUGGACUCUCCUGCUGGUGUUGGAUUAUCUUACUCGGGUGACGAAUCAGAUUAUGUGACAGGAGACUUAAAGACAGCAUCUGAUUCUCACACAUUUCUUCUCAAGUGGUUCGAGCUCUACCCGGAGUUCCUCUCUAAUCCAUUUUAUAUUGUUGGCGAGUCCUAUGCUGGAGUAUAUGUGCCAACUCUUUCUUAUGAAGUUGUAAAAGGAAAUGAUGCUGGCGUGAAACCUAUCCUUAAUUUUAAGGGUUAUAUGGUGGGAAAUGGAGUCGCAGAUGAAAAGUUUGAUGGCAAUGCUAUAGUGCCUUUUGUCCACGGCAUGGGUCUGAUCUCAGAUGACUUGUUUAAGGACGUUAUUUCUGAGUGCAAUGGGAACUAUUAUGAGCCAACAAGUGAGAGUUGUGCAAGCAAGCUUAGCAAAGUUGAUCAGGCAGUUGAUGAUAUAAACAUGUAUGACAUUCUGGAACCCUGUUAUCACGCUCCUGGCACAAUAAAAAUGAUAACUGACAACACAAAGCUGCCAUCGAGCUUCAGAAGUCUAGGUGAGACAGAUAGGCCUCUUCCUGUCCGUGUAAGAAUGUUUGGCAGGGCUUGGCCUUUCAGAGCUCGCGUGAGAGCUGGAAUUGUGCCAACUUGGCCCCAGCUUCUCAAGGAAGAAGUUCCCUGCACUAGUGAUGAAGUUGCUACAGCAUGGCUUAACAAUGAAGCAGUCCGGGCAGCAAUUCAUGCUGAACCGAUAAACGUAUCAAUCCCAUGGGAGUUGUGUACAGAUAGAAUCACUUUCACUUCAGAUGCUGGGAGCAUGAUUAAGUAUCACCAGAAUCUAACCUCUAGAGGAUAUCGAGCACUUGUAUACAGUGGGGAUCACGACAUGUGUGUUCCAUUCACCGGGAGCCAAGCUUGGACAAGAUCACUUGGAUACAAGAUUGUGGACGAAUGGAGGCCUUGGUUUGUGAAUGACCAGGUUGCAGGAUACUUGCAGGGUUAUGACUACAACCUAACAUUUCUCACCAUUAAGGGGGCUGGACAUACUGUUCCGGAGUACAAACCAAGAGAAGCAUUAGCAUUUUACACCCGCUGGCUGGAGGGAAAGGAAAUCUAA